AUGCAGCUGGGUCUGCGACCGCGGUUGAGGGUACGACCUUCGCUAGUGGAUCUAAUUGCUAACGCCAGGAGCCGGUCUUGCUCCCCUAGCCGCGCUGAAGAAGCUUUGGAAGCUUCAAACUUACCGCUGCCGACACCUGCAUCUCCUCCAAGUUCCACAACUACCACCACCAACCAGGAGCUCGCUUCCAGCCAUAAAUCCGCAUCACCUAGCUCAUCCCAGCUACCUACUCCUACGAUUUCUAUAUCACCUGCAGAAGCUACCGAGCUUUGCGAAGCUCUCGUCAAGACUCCCAAGAUGGCGACCAACGGCGAUAAAGAUGGCCUCAACAGCGGCAAGAUCUACUCGGUCUCAGGACCCGUCGUCGUCGCCGAGGAUAUGAUCGGUGUGGCCAUGUACGAACUUGUGAAAGUCGGCCACGAAAACCUGGUGGGCGAGGUUAUUCGCAUCAGCGGCGACCAAGCCACCAUCCAGGUCUAUGAAGAGACAGCUGGUGUUACUGUCGGUGACCCUGUCCAGCGAACUGGAAAGCCCCUCUCCGUCGAGCUUGGCCCCGGCCUGUUACAUAACAUUUACGAUGGAAUCCAGCGACCUCUGGAGAAGAUCUCGCAGCAGGCCAACAGCAUCUACAUUCCCCGCGGUGUCGCCGCCCCUGCCCUCGACCGAGAGAAGAAGUGGGAGUUCACCCCUACACUGAAGGUUGGCGAUCACAUCUCUGGCGGCGAUGUCUGGGGAACCGUUUUCGAAAACUCCUUCAUCAAGGUGCACAAGGUCCUCCUGCCGCCGCGUGCACGUGGCACCAUCACCAAGAUUGCACCCAAGGGCGAGUACACUGUUGACGAGAAGAUCCUCGAGAUCGAAUUCAACGGCACUAAGACGGAGCACGGCAUGAUGCACACCUGGCCCGUCCGUGUCCCGAGGCCGACCACGGAGAAGCUCUCGGCCGACAAGCCCUUCAUCGUCGGCCAGAGAGUCCUGGAUGCCUUGUUCCCAUGUGUCCAGGGUGGUACCGUCGCCAUCCCUGGUGCUUUCGGCUGCGGCAAGACUGUCAUCUCGCAAUCUGUCUCCAAGUUCUCCAACAGCGACGUCAUUGUUUAUGUUGGAUGCGGCGAGCGAGGUAACGAGAUGGCUGAGGUUUUGAAGGACUUCCCCGAGCUGUCUAUCGAGGUCGAGGGGCGAAAGGAGCCCAUCAUGAAACGAACCACCCUCAUUGCCAACACAUCCAACAUGCCUGUAGCCGCCCGAGAGGCCUCCAUUUACACUGGUAUCACUGUCGCCGAGUACUUCCGUGACCAAGGCAUGAACGUCGCCAUGAUGGCUGACUCGUCGUCGCGCUGGGCUGAGGCACUUCGUGAGAUUUCAGGUCGUCUUGGUGAAAUGCCUGCUGACCAGGGUUUCCCCGCAUACCUGGGUGCCAAGCUCGCCAGUUUCUACGAACGUGCGGGCAAGGUUCAGACUCUCGGUUCCCCCGAGCGUGAAGGCAGUGUCAGCAUCGUCGGGGCCGUGAGCCCUCCCGGUGGCGAUUUUUCAGAUCCCGUCACCAGCUCUACCCUCGGUAUCGUACAGGUGUUCUGGGGUCUCGACAAGAAGCUUGCUCAGCGAAAGCAUUUCCCCUCCAUCAACACGGCCGUGUCCUACAGCAAGUAUACUAACAUCCUCGACAAGUGGUACGAAAAGGACUACCCCGACUUCCCGCGCCUGCGUGACCGCAUCAAGACGCUGCUCUCCGACUCAGAGGAGCUUGAUCAGGUCGUACAGUUGGUUGGCAAGUCGGCUCUGUCCGAUCCCGACAAGAUUACCCUAGACAUGGCCACUCUGCUCAAGGAAGACUUCCUGCAGCAGAACGGAUACUCCAAUUAUGAUCAAUUCUGUCCCAUUUGGAAGACGGAGUGGAUGAUGAAGCUUAUGAUGGGCUACCACGACGAAGCGCAAAAGGCCAUCGCGCAAGGUCAAAACUGGGCCAAGGUACGGGAAGCUACCAGUGAGCUCCAAGCAAAACUUCGAAGCCUGAAGUUCGAAGAGCCUUCGGAAGGAGAGGAGGCUGUCUCCAAGAAGUACGAGGCAAUUCAGCAGGAGUUACUGGAUAAAUUUGCCGCUGUCAUGGACGAGUAG